UUUGCCCUUUCCCUUCCAUUUCUAUAUUACCCCUUUCUUUUUUCCCAACUGAAUCUCAGCUGAGAAAACACUCUCUCAUUCAAAUUAGGGUUUUCCCCUCUCAUUCAUGAGGGUUAAUGCAAGAAAAUCUUAGCUCUCUGAAGUUUCUGUUGCUGUUGUAUCACUCUCUCUCUCCCUAUCUUUUUGAGACUCUGAAGAAGCAAACAAAAGUUUUUCUUGAAACAUCUCCCACACAAGGAAAAAGGUAGUUUGCUUUUUUUCUUCUUCGGAUCAAAGGGAAAAACUAAAGACAGGUGAAUUAAUUCAUCAUCAAUGGCAUCUUCAACCAGCUCGUACAACCCGCCGUGCGCCGCCUGCAAAUUCCUGCGGCGGAAGUGCUCGCCGGGGUGCGUCUUCGCGCCCUACUUCCCGCCGGAGGAGCCUCACAAGUUCGCCAACGUGCACAAGAUCUUCGGCGCAAGCAACGUCUCGAAGCUUCUCCAUGACCUCCUCCCCCACCAGCGCGGCGACGCGGUGAGCUCGCUCGCCUAUGAGGCCGAGGCGCGCGUGCGCGAUCCCGUCCACGGCUGUGUCGGCGCCAUCUCCUUCCUCCAGAAGCAGGUCGACCGCCUCCAGAAGGAGCUUGAUGCCGCCAACGCUGACCUCAUCCGCUUCGCCGCCGGCGGUGGAGGAGGAGGUGGAGUUUUUCAAACUCCUAAUACUUACACAUUUCCUUAUAACUAUCAUUCUCCAUGGAAUACUAGUUAUAACCCUCAUGGAGGAAGAGAUAUUUAAGGAGGCCUCAUUUCAUCUCUCUAGGGUUUGUUUCUCUCUCUGGAAAUUAAAAUCUAUGCCUUUUUAUUUUAUGUGUGUACAAAUAAAUAACCAUUUUGAAUAUAUAGUUCUGUAGAGUCA